AGUGGCGGCGUCAGCGUCGCGCUCCAGACUCUUCGCGUGCAGCAGCGACGUGUGCCUUAUCUCGUCCACCCUGAGACAAACCCGUUACGCUAUCUGUGGUAAACUUUCAAACGUCAGGUUGCCUGAUUUCCAUUCGUCAUUUUAACUAGUUGUCAUAAAAAUAUUUCGAUGUUUACGAUUUUCAUAAAUUAAAUUUUUAUUAUAUAUUUGUGGUUAAGACAUGAGAGUAAAUUUUUAUCAGUACUUAGAGAACAAAACGUUGCAAUUUUUGUAAAAUUAUAUUAAUUGUUAUGAUGUGUCGACUCGGGAAUGUGGUUAGUGUCACUGGUGCGAUGUGUGAGACCAAGACGGACGGUGUGACACGACAGUUUGAAGUGUUGUCUCAAUAACGUAUCGGAUGCUGUGAGAUACCCGGGGGUUGCCGGUGGCGCCGCAGCCGUGGCGGGCGAUGGAACUAAGAGUUGUCCUGACAACGGCGUUAUGUGUGUUGGGCAUGGGCGUGUCAGGGUGGCGACAGACGCCCAAGAACUCGGUCACCCAGCAGGGUUCGAUGUACCCCCUGACCAACCUCACCAUCGGACUCAUCCUGCCCAAGAGUACGUUCAACGUACGCCAGUAUAACAGAGCCAUCAAUGAUGCUGUCAACGGACUCCAGAAGUCCAAGGAGAAGAAGUUCAACUUUCUCAAGAAACACAACUUCACCCCCCAUCAGGUCGCCAGUCAGAUGUUCUCUCUCACCCCCUCCCCCACAGCUAUCCUGAACUCACUCUGCAAGGAGUUCCUGAACGUCAACGUGUCCGCCAUCUUGUAUCUGAUGAACUAUGAGAAGUACGGUCGCAGCACGGCCUCAGCACAAUACUUCCUACAGUUGGCUGGUUACCUGGGCAUCCCCGUCAUCGCCUGGAAUGCUGACAACUCCGGCCUUGAGAGAAGAGCCUCCCAGUCCAGCUUACAGCUCCAGUUGGCGCCCUCCCUGGAACAUCAAACCGCUGCCAUGCUGAGUAUUCUGGAACGAUACAAAUGGCACCGCUUCUCCAUCGUCACCUCCCAGAUCGCAGGCCACGACGACUUUAUACAGGCUAUCCGGGAAAGGAUAUCGGAUAUGCAGGACAGAUUCAAGUUUACCAUUCUGAACACGGUGCUGGUUACGAAGCCCUCGGACCUGUUGGAGUUGGUAAACUCUGAGUCCCGAGUAAUGCUGCUCUACUCCACCAGAGAAGAGGCUACCCACAUUCUGUCCGCAGCCCGGGACUACAAGAUCACCGGGGAGAACUACGUCUGGGUCGUCACCCAGAGUGUCAUCGAGAACCUGCAGACACCGUACCAGUUCCCGGUCGGCAUGCUCGGGGUCCACUUUGACACGUCCAGCGACCGCUUGGUGAAUGAGAUAACAACUGCCAUCAAGGUGUACGCCUACGGGGUGGACGACUACGUCAACGACCCCCGCAACGCCAACCACUCCCUCAACACCCAGUUGUCUUGUGAAGGCGUAGGCGAUGCUCGUUGGAAAACUGGGGAUCGCUUUUACAGGUACUUGAGGAACGUGACCGUGGAGGGCGACCAGGUGAAAGGAGAGCCCAGAGUAGAGUUCACAGCGGAUGGAGUCCUCAAGUCCGCAGAGCUUAAGAUCAUGAACCUGAGGCCGGGAGUUAGCAAGCAGCUCGUCUGGGAGGAGAUCGGGGUGUGGAAAUCAUGGGUGACGGAAGGUCUGGAUAUCAAGGACAUUGUUUGGCCAGGCAACUCCCAUACGCCUCCACAGGGAGUACCGGAGAAGUUCCAUCUGAAGAUCACUUUCUUGGAGGAACCCCCUUACAUCACCAUGGCUCCCCCAGACCCUGUGACCGGCAAAUGUAACAUGAACCGGGGAGUCAUAUGUCGAGUGGCCACCGACCCAGACACCUUCGAGAUGGAUAUCACUGCAGCCCACAGGAACGGAACUUACAACCAAUGCUGCUCAGGAUUUUGCAUAGACCUGCUGGAAAAGUUUGCAGAAGAACUGGGGUUUACAUACGAACUGGUGCGGGUGGAGGAUGGAAAGUGGGGGACUCUUGAGAACGGUAAGUGGAACGGACUGAUAGCGGAACUGGUCAACCGGAAGACGGACAUGGUGAUGACGUCACUGAUGAUCAAUUCCGAGCGAGAGGCCGUGGUGGAUUUCACUGUCCCCUUCAUGGAGACAGGAAUAGCGAUCGUCGUGGCAAAGCGGAUAGGAAUCAUCUCCCCCACCGCCUUUCUAGAACCAUUCGACACGGCUUCCUGGAUGCUGGUAGGUCUUGUCGCCAUCCAAGCCGCGGCUUACACCAUCUUCUUCUUUGAGUGGCUCAGUCCGUCCGGAUUUGACAUGAAAGUUACGAACGUAAAUGCAGGCAAGAACCACAGAUUCUCGCUGUUUCGUACGUACUGGUUGGUCUGCGCGCUACUGUUCCAGGCAGCAGUUCGCAUCGACAGUCCAAAAGGCAUAACAUCCAAGUUCAUGACGAAUGUAUGGGCCAUGUUCGCCGUGGUGUUUCUUGCCAUCUACACAGCCAACCUGGCCGCCGUCAUGAUCACCCGAGAAGAGUUCCACGAGUUCAGUGGUCUCGACGAUACCAGGUUAAUGAAGCCCUACAGCCACAAGCCCAUGUUCAAGUUUGGCACCAUGCCGUUCAGCCACACGGACUCCACGAUCAAGAAGUACUUCUAUGAGAUGCACUCUUACAUGAGGCAAUUCAACAAGUCCAGUGUCAUGGAUGGCGUCGUCGCGGUCGAGAAUGGGGAACUGGACGCGUUCGUAUACGAUGGCACAGUCCUGGACUAUCUAGUGGCGCAGGAUGAGGACUGUAGGCUUCUCACGGUAGGAUCAUGGUACGCCAAGACCGGCUACGGACUCGCUUUUACCCGUAAUUCAAAAUAUGUCCAAAUGUUCAACAAAAGACUGCUAGACUUUAGAGAAAACGGUGACCUAGAGCGAUUGAGACGUUACUGGAUGACAGGCAGUUGCAAGCCUGGUAAAGAACAACACAAGUCAAGCGAUCCUUUGGCUCUUGAACAGUUCUUGUCAGCGUUCUUGCUGUUGAUGUUGGGCAUUCUACUGGCAGCAGCGUUACUCUUAGGAGAGCACCUCUACUUCAAAUGUGUCCGCAAACACCUCAUAAAAACUGACCGAGGAGGGUGCUGCGCUCUAGUGAGCUUGAGCAUGGGAAAAUCGCUAACGUUCCGUGGAGCCGUGUACGAAGCCCAGGACAUCAUCAGGAACCACAGGUGCCGUGACCCGAUCUGUGACACCCACCUGUGGAAGGUGCGGCACGAGCUGGACAUGGCCAGGAUCCGUAUCAAACAGCUCGAGAAAGAGCUGGAGAGCCACGGCAUCAAACCCAGCCGCAGGCGCCGAGAACCACAGAGCACCCGGCGGUCCUCCACUUGUUGCUGGCUGCCCUGCCGACCCUCCAGUCACCCCUCCAAGGGCUCGGGGUUCGUGACGACCACCGAGUUGCUGCGCACGAGAGACAUGACUCAUAAUCACGUGACAUCAACGGAGUUCAGCGGCCGAUUCGCCAGUUCCCCCCAGAUCUACAGGACGGAGAUAGCGGAGAUGGAAACGGUGCUGUGAUGUCAGCUUGAUACCGGCCCGCAGCCUCACCAACUAUAUCGUUUCUAACGACUGACGUCAUUUUACUAGUUAGCCUGAAGGCAUUUCAGUUUUAUUUUUUCAUUAACUAGCAUUUUGUGUCCACGUAAGGAAGAUUCUUUUAUCCAAAAAGCAAAGGAGAACCAUGUUAAAAAGUGGAAUAUGGAUUUUUUAAAUAAUAUUUUAUGGUAUGUGUACUAAAAUUGACACUGUAACCACUGUAACAGAGAAACAUUGUUAUUUAAUAACAUAACAAAAGGCAAUAUCAUCUCGAAAUGGUUUAAAAUUUAUUUUUGUACAUAGAUUUUAAUUUGCUGUUGAAUCCAAAAAAAUGUCCAGAACUGUUUAAGGAACCGCAAUAAUUACUUGUAUUUUUUAGCUUUUAACGUUAUGUAAGUUAAAGACGCACGAAAAGUAAGCAAUAGAAGAAUAAUUACGUCCGUAACUAAUGGAUACGUAAUUCACUUAUAUUGAUACAAUCGUGUUUACGCUGGUUAGUAUAUAAACCAUUAUCUGUAAAGAAAAAGAACUAUUAUUUUGUACAAAUGUUCAUGACUGGGAGUGAAAUAUUUGCUAAGGUUAGCAUCCAUUACUGGAUACACAGAAUAUUUUCCUAUACUUAAGCGUAUAUUUGUGUCCCAUUUUCCUAGCUAAGGCUAAAAAGAGCUCUGAAAUGUCUUCAGGCUAAAAUAAAGAGUUUUAUAUAGCAGUUUUGUACAAAGUCAUCAAUAGCACACUUUCGCUUGCUAUGUUUACAAGAAUGUUAUCUUGGUUUCUUAUAAUGCGUAUUCCAUUUUGUCAUGUGUGAGAUGUUCAUGUUCAAGUUAAUAUUUGAGUAUUUCGUAUGUAUUAAAGUUAUUGCUUUUUAAGACACCGUUACGUUUGUAGGCGUCUACGUUUCCAUUCCUACAUGGUGCUUAUGUGUUUUGUAGAUUGCGCUUAGAGGCGGUAUCGAAUUUUUACUCAAAAUAACACAUGUUAUACGUGCUCAAAGCAUGUACUGUUGAUGUACGAGUCACUUUGAUUGGUUAAGGUGUUAGCUUAUAACGUUCGUAAAUUAGUUAGUUUUUUAUUAAUAAUUUUGCAUAUCAUAUUAACCGUAAGUUUACCUAUAUUGAACCUGUGAGGAUAAAACAAUUUAAAUUAUUAAAAGUCCUGAGAUUGAUGGCCUUGACAAUUUUAAAUAUCAUAGUUAUUGUUUAACUUAAAACAUUUACUUGAUUAUAAAUUUUAAUAUUUAAAUAAAUGUUGAUUAGUUGAAACUGUGUCAGACCAACGUAUGUUAUUGACUGCUUCAGAUCCAAACAUAAGUCCAUCACUUAUAACUUAUUAAAGUAUUAAAUUUCUUAUAAUCAUUAAUGUUAUUCCAAUUGAAUUUAUAACUAAAUACUAAUUGAAAAUUUUACCUAUUCCACUAAGUUAGAUUAGUUUUUCAUUUGCACCCUGUAAGACGUUAAAAAUAGUUUUAACAAGCAUAAAUUAUGAAUCGUGAUUUUUAAAUUUUUGAAAAGUAAACGUGUAGAGGUAUGUAUAAUGUUUACAAGGUGUUAGUCUAGAAGGCGUGAAUACCUAAUUGUCAUAAUUUUGCUCAGUUAGAUUUUAAUAUUUGUAUACUAUUACAAACUAUUGCAUUGGAAAACCGUGACUUUUCCUUAAAUGAAACUUGUAAAUGUUCCGGGUUAUUUCGAGUUGCAAUAAAGAGUCCGGUUGUUAUUUGACCCCAGUAGCUGUAGCUGCAAGAAACUCAUUUUGUUUAGUGUUCAUUUGAAAAUACCAUGUGACCUUAUUUGUUCCAUGUGCGCUUUUAAAUUGUGAUUUGGCAAAAAUAGUUCAGCCACAGGUAGUUAACGUGCAUCUCUUAGUUGUUUUAAUAAAUAAUUUAUUAUUAAUUAUGAGAAAAUAAUUUUAUUUGCUUAAAUAAAUUGAUGCAGAUAGUGAAACUUAUCUAGUGUACAUCAUUUACGUUACAAAUGCAUAGAGUAUGGGUCUGUCAGCCAAUAGGCAGCCUCUGCUUAGUAAGUUGACCACUGUUCACUAACUGUGCCCUACCAAAUCACGUCCGUCUAAUGGAAAUUUCCCGGUUCUAACUCAAAUUUAUUCCAAUAAUACAGAUAAUCAGUUUUAUUGAUUUAUUUACAAAAACACCCAAAUAAAUAAAUAAAGACGUGUAGAUUUUAGUGCUAACAAUGUCUAUUUUGCAAUGUUUUUACAAUGUAAAGUUUAUAAGCGUUAAAUAGUCCUGUUUGUGAUGUUGAGUUGUGAAAUUGACUAUUUUGUCUAUUCUAGUUGAAUUGUUAUGUAGUUCCAGAUCCAAGUUGUAAUUAAUAAUAAAUAUUGUUGUAAAUGGUUAAUGGCUUAAAUUAGUGUUAUUCAUAUAAAAUACAAAGUGUGUUUUGCCAAUUUUUAUCACCAUUUAUAAAGCAUGAUUUCAACGUUGUGAGUACUUUAGUUUUUGAAGGAAUACAGUUUCAUUUUUCUCUUCACGAUGUUCAAGUGUAAAUUUCUUGGGAUUUUUAACGUUUUUAUUUUCCGUUCUAUGCUUUAAUUGCAAUAUUUUUUGUUUUUAUAAAUUUAUCCAACUUUUUAAACACAAUCUUUUAUUUAAGUUUGUUAUAAUUAAUCACUAUCAUUUUUAUAGUUUAAUAUUAACUAAACGUAUUUUAUUAGAGUUUUUAUAUUUAAUAAACAGCUUAAGUUGUAAAAUUAACGAGUACUAAGCCUUAUUUGAAUUCUAAAAUUCAAUUAUUUAUUUACAUGGAAUGGUUAUUUAUACAGACUUAGACGUAGAAUGUGUUUGAGAUAAUGUACGCUCAAUCUGUGUAUGUUUGAAUAGUUAUUGAAGUAUUUGUAUACUUAUUUGGGGACUUUCUUUCUCUUUGUUGAUGCUUUCAUCUACGAUUAUCAGUAAAUUUAAUUAAAUUAUUUUAAAGGUGUUACUUUUUUGUUGGAUUAAUGAUCCUGUACAUAAUAUAAGUAAUAUAAAAUAAAUUUUACUGUAUAUAUAAUAAUAAUCUUUAAUGUUAAACAAUGUGCUAAUAUGUAAUUCAUGUUGAUCAUAUAAAAUACAAUACUAUUUAAUGGAAAUGUGUACAAAAUAAAGUGGCACUAACGGUAAA